GGAAUAAAUUGGUACAGACCAUUAGCAGCCACUGAGGUCCUUCUCUUUCUCUCUCUCUCAUUCAGAAGAGGCGGGGGAACCAUCAGUGUUUCUAUAGACAUAAACCCAUCAGCCACAGAUGUGAAGCCAAGCAUUGCCUCUUUUCGCUUGCUCCCUCCCACUGCCCUUUCCUCCCUCCACCUCCCAUUUCUUCCUCUCCCUCUGAAUCCCUCCUUCCCUCCCUCUCCCUCUUUCUUUCACAUUCUUCCAUUCAUUCUUCCCAUCCUUUUUUUCUCUUCAAGCCAGGUUCUUUUGCAUUGAUACUAGGGAAAGCGGCGCUCUUCCAAACAAGAAGAGCAGUGCAUGAGAAGGCAGAGAAGUGCGAUGCUACAAUUAUUGCUGUCUUCAUAAUUGUUGUAAAAAAUCAUCACCGCUAGUACUGCUUGGAGGAAGGAUUUUUUGGUGGUUUGAGGUGUUGUUUUUUUUGCUUGGAUUUUUUAAAAAGAAAGCAAAAGGAAGAGGCUUGGAAGAACCUCAGGCAGUGAGAUGCUUUGAAUUGUGCCUCUGUUUCCAAGGAUUAAAGGAUGAAUAGGCGCUGCUGCUGCUGCUGCUGCGAUGGAGAAAGAAGGCAAUUCAAGCUCCCAGAAUAAGGCCUUCAUCCCAAGGGGACCCUGAAAUCCUCACCACGCUGCGCCCGUGACGUCCCCCCGGAGAAGCCUCCCUUUCCCCCUCGACGUCAGGCUGUCCGUCUUCUCCGGCGGCACUGCAACCCUGCAUGGGCAAUGGGUGGGUUGUGAGCGCUGGUAAUGAGGAGCCGUGGGCCCCGUCAGUCCUGGAGAUGCCGAAGAGACGAGACAUCCUGGCCAUCGUGCUGAUAGUGCUUCCUUGGACGCUGCUCAUCACCGUCUGGCACCAGAGCACCAUUGCGCCGCUGCUGGCCGUGCACAAGGAUGGUGGAGAUGCCCAUCGUGACUUCUCUCAGGGCUCCGACUCCAAGGAGUACUGCCUGUCAGACCGGGACAUUGUGGAGGUGGUUAGGACAGAGUACGUCUACACUCGGCCACCUCCAUGGUCAGAUGCCUUGCCCACCAUCCACGUCAUCACGCCCACCUACAGCCGGCCGGUCCAAAAGGCAGAGCUGACGCGGUUGGCCAACACUUUUUUGCACGUGCCCAAUUUGCACUGGAUCCUGGUGGAGGACUCCCAGCGGCGUACCUCACUGGUCACGCGGCUCCUGAGGGACACGGGGCUGAACUACACCCAUCUCAACGUGGAGACCCCACGCAACUACAAGCUGAGAGGGGACAUGAGGGACCCGCGGAUACCCAGGGGGACAAUGCAAAGGAACCUGGCCCUAAGGUGGCUGAGGGAGACUUUCAACAAAAACAACAGCCAGCCAGGGAUUGUGUACUUUGCCGAUGAUGAUAACACCUACAGCUUGGAACUUUUUGAGGAGAUGCGAACCACCAGGAAAGUCUCAGUGUGGCCAGUGGCCUUCGUGGGAGGCUUGCGGUACGAGUCGCCCAAAGUGAAUUCUGCUGGGAAGGUGUAUGGCUGGAAGACUGUCUUCGACCCUCACCGGCCUUUUGCCAUCGACAUGGCAGGUUUUGCUGUGAACCUCAGGCUCAUCCUUCAGCGACCUCAGGCUUACUUCAAACUACGAGGGGUGAAGGGCGGCUACCAGGAAAGCAGCCUACUUCGAGAGCUGGUGACCCUGAAUGACCUUGAGCCCAAAGCUGCCAAUUGCACUAAGAUUCUUGUCUGGCACACAAGGACGGAGAAACCGGUACUGGUGAAUGAGGGGAAGAAAGGCUUCACAGACGCAAAUGUGGAAAUCUGACAUCACACCAAAAAAAAUAUCCAGAGAAAUAUAUUAGCAGCAUAUUCCCCUCUCGUUGAGUCCUCAAGCCAGCCAGCCAGUCUCCAGGCAUAGUCUGGAUACUUUUAACAAACUGAGAGCAACUGGGCACAAUUGCCAAACAACCACCAACUGCUCGGCCUCUCCUGCGCUUCCUUGUCGAAUUCUUGAAUGAAGAAGGAUAACGACACAACUCACCCUCUGGAGAUGAACCAUUAAAAAAGCAGGAAAAAAUAGCACAGAAGUGGCGGAGCCGGAGACACUUUUGGUCGGAGGUGCAGAGACUCAUGGGAUGAAAGGGGCGGAUGAUGCUCGCAUAAGGACAUGUGCCUGGAAAGCCACCUUUGGAAGCCACGGUUCAGAACAAGGGGUUGCCUUCCAGAGGACAUCCACUAGUCACCAUUUUGACCAGUAACUGGUUCUUUCCGUCUCAGAAGGCAUGAACUUCUUACUGGGCACAACUAGACAAAGCAGCUCUUCCAUUAAGAAGGAAAUGCUGUCCUUGGCUGUGGCACUUUUCCUUUCAAAAUUAUAUUUAUUAUGUUGUAAAAGAUGGCAGGAUUUGGCCAAGGUGUGGGAGAGGGGAAGGAAAAGCUGUCGAUUGUAAACAAUGGCAUACCUAACCAUAUCUUUUUCAUUGAGAUGAUGUCCCAUUUAAACACACCAUGUCCACAUUUUGGUUGGCUUGAUAGGUCUUCUUAUCUGACUCCACCAUAUUUGGAUCUCGCUUGGAUUGUUCGAAGUUCAUGUAAAGCCACCAUGCUUUCUCAACUGAAGAACCACCUAGUGAGACUACCUCCUCAAUCCCCCCGGAACCAAAUAGACCCGUUGUAAGAAAAAGACAUCAGUUGGUUGAAAAUCCUUGUUUAGGUCCCAUUUAAAAGGUACAGAGAAAGAAGCAAUGGGAUGGGGACCAUAGGAUGCUAGUCAAAGCUGCGAAUCCAGUUGAGGAACAAUCACACCAUCCUCAAACCCCUGGAGAAAGUAAUGUGUUGGUGGUGCUAGGAUAUGAUCUGUCCUUGAAAAUGUAGAAGGUUGUGAGUCAGAGAGUUCCUUUUUUAGCAAGUAAUUGUCAGAGCCAAUCUACACAGUAGGAAGAAUGAAGUGGCAUGAUUUAAGAGGAAUAGGUAAAUCGUCAUCCUUUUUUUAAAGUAAAGUAGCACAUCAGGCAGAGGGCUUUAUAAUUUUUAUCUUUCUGUUGACCUCACUGUGUUACACAUUGGAAAUAACAUCUGCAGGGGCAUCCAGCAAUACAAAGCCACCUGUUUUCUAAAGUGGUGCAAUAGAACUAAUGGUACUGUUUGGCUCAGUAAACUUAAAAAACAAUACCUGAAAAUGGGAUGAGAAUGGAAUUCUUUAGGAAACAUCUAUAUUACCUUGCUUCCAAACACUGGAACUCUAGGUCUCUGGGGAUCUUCUUGGAAGAUACUGUUUUAGGCAUGCAGAGAUCCUUAUGCACAUAUUCUUGCAUGAAGGGGGUUUGGACCAAAUCUAUGCUGUCAUUAGUUGCAAUGCAAACAGAGAGAGUCAGGAAUGAGGAAGGUGAUCCAUUUUUAAGAAGAGUGAAUCUAAGGAUCAGAAAAAGAAUUGUACUUUAAAUCUUGUCAAAAAAAGGGAGCCCAGUAGUGAAAGGUGGAGCUCAAUCCAUCCUGGGAGAAGUUGAAAGAAGCAUUUAUAUCCUGUUUUCUCUCCACUAUGGCACUGCUUUUUGGUAUUUUUGAAUGCCUGGUAUAUGGUUGUAAAGGUGGUCCAGGGCAGCUUCCCCGCUGAAUUGGCCUUAGUGUUUUCCCUCAAUUUAUCCACAGGUCAUAUCAAAAUCCAUCAUUUGGACCCUCCCUCCAUGGCUACAUGCAGUCAACGUAUACACAAGUAUAUAUCAUAAACUAACUGAAGCUUUGCUCCCAGGCAGGGUUCAGAUAAAGCCCCAUGUUGGGUGAGUAUAAGGGAAAUGAUCUGAAGCUUCAUGCUUUAGUUUGUGGAAAUUGCCUGCAGAUUUUCUUAAAAAACAAAAAUGAGAGACCAAAGAGAGAUUCCACACAUUCUACUUGGCCUCCUCUGAAUCUUUUUUUUAAGUAUCUCACUAGGUUAUUUAAACAUCUAAUGGACACAACCUGUAUCUCAGCUUUCCUUUUAAAAAAAUGAAAACAAAACAAGUAAAGCACAAAUAAUAUCUGCCAGCGAAAGGGAAAGUAAUGUAAUUCUGUACAGGAAAAACACUUAUUUUUUUAAUCCUUAACCAAACUAGUAAAGAUAUGUAGGCAGUGUAAAAUCAAGUCAGUCUCUGGACUGAUAACAGAUCUCUAUAUAUUUUGCAACCUUUACAAUAACCAUCACCUUCGUAACAAUAAUAAGAGACCAUUUUUAUUUUCUUUGUCCAUUUAUGGCACUAUUUAUUAAAACAAUCAAGUGGGAGAGAGAAAAACCCCAAACCAACAGGCCUUAAAACCAAUAAGGCUCUUUUGUUUCCAACUGUGAACAAUUCUUUUGUAAUUUAUUUUGCCCAGAGGAGAAAACCUUGGACUAAAUUCAAAACUCAACUGUAUGAAAUGUGGACAAUCCAGAACGUCUCAUGCUGGCGUUUCCCUCCAUUAUGAGCCCGAGUUAGAAACCUCGAAAAACACAACCAGAUCAAACUCAUUGAAGAGAAGUGAGAGGCAUUGAGCUUUUUAAAAAAGACUUAGUUUUGACAAUGCAAGAGUGGCUUCCAACUGCCAUCUCCUCUUAUAGCAUGCCUUGUCUUUUUUAUUUACAACAAUAACCCUGUCAGAUUGUGGUGAACCAUGAAGGAUUUUUUAACAAUAAAUCAGAAUGAUGCAUCCUUUAAUUUCGAUUUUGUUUUGCAAAAUAAAAGGUGCUUUUAUGAACUGCAGUGCCCAGGUUUCUGCAGCGGAACUUGUGGAAGCGCUGUUGGCUCUCCGCUGUUGGGAGCCACCUGUCUUUGCGUGGGCUGGGAACACAUCAUCCGGAUAGACAAUGGGUUUGGUUUCUUUUUUUAAAAGCUGCACUGUCUGUUCUCAAGUUUGAAUUCAACUGUAUUUAAUUUGUUAAAUAAAAUUAAAUAUGGUUUUUAACAGCCA